CCCUUUCUUCACUGUUUACAAAUGGCGUCCUUGCCUCGAGUGUGCCUUCAAUUGUGGGAGUUCGUUUGUUCCCAUGUGAACAUUUUACGGAAACCGGCCUGCUAAAUCAAACUAGAGUCAUGCAUAGUACAUCAGGGAUACACAUCUGUGACUGUUUCUGUGACAGCCUAUAUAAGCGUUCACUGACACAUGCUACAUUCAUAGUCACCUGGAAGGCAGGCAGAGAGCAAACUCUAAUUACUUUGAAAAAAAAAAGACAGAACAAAAAGCCUCCCCAUGGCUGGUCACACUGACUGUGUACCUCAGUGGCAAGUGGUUGGGCAUGUAAAUGAACUUAAAAACCGUCAGUGUCGAAGACUUUACACAGCCAGUGGUAUUGACCUUGCAUUGUUCUGUGUAAAACAAGAACAAUUUUACAUUACAGGUGCAGCCUGUCCCCAUGCAAGAGGACCACUGGACCAAGGUGACAUUGAGGAUAUAGGAGGUGACCCUCAUGUUGUGUGCCCACUUCACUUCUAUACCUUUGAUCUGCAAACUGGCCAAUCAUCAUCAGGUUUGAAGGUAGAUACAUUUGUGACAGAUGUGAGAGAUAAUCAGUUGUACGUUCUACAUUCAGAGGCUGUUUCUGUUAAACCGCUGAAGAAGUCACCGCGUAGUGAUUAGUACUGCUCCUUUUCUUUUUAUAUGGAAUUUUUAAUGUUUAGAUAUAGUGCUUGCUACACUCUUUUUUCCUUGAUUGCUCAGAUUAAAAGUUUUGCUGCUGCUGUUGCAAGGUUUGAUAUUAAAUGAUUAGUAUUGUGCCCUAAGACCUGGUGCAGUUUAUUGAUCUCCAUAUCAAGUUAAUUAUAAAAAUUUCAAAUGUGCAAUACAUUUCCCAUUAAAAUACUCUAUGUUAAAUAACCUUGAAAUGUCUUUAAGAGAUCCUCCAUUUUUCACCAAGUACUCUCUUGCUUAAAUAAGUAGAUAAUGCAUAUUAUUUUUCACAGAAAAAUUAUUUGUUUUCUAUAUUUUACUCUAGUCUGAUUUAUACAAACUUUUUCAAAGCAGACAUGUCACAGAUUAUUUACAUUGUUAUGUUCUGAAAAGCCAAAUUUUUUUACUUGGGACAUUCAUCUUUUGUGUCGAUCUUCACCUGUUAUUAUAAAAACUCUAAUUUUUAUAAAUAGUGAAAACCCAAUAUGGAAAAUGAUUUGUUUCACAAUAGUAAAGAAGAACACUUGUAUAUGUCAUCAUCUGACAUGCAGUCCAUUCAUUGCUCACUUAUAGCUUUUCAGCUGUCUCCACUGGUUAAAAAAAAUAAAAUAAAGGGUGUUACAGGGCCUAAAAUAUGUCAGCGACAUUAGUAUCACAUAAUUGAUGAAAAACAAACAAGUCAUAAUAAGCACAAUGCAUAAAAUACAUCCACCAUAUUCUGCAUUACAAAAUUAUCAAUUGUAAUGUGUAUUUAGAAAAAUAUCUUUAAAAAGUCAGUGACUUAGGAAAGACAAAUAUCAUAAAUCACUACCUUGUAAUUAAUAAUAAAUAAUAACAUAUUUAUAUAGCCCCUUUUUUUAACACCAGCCAGUCUCAAAGUUCUUAGCAUGCAGGCACAUGCAAUGCUAGAUGAAAAUACAAGAUAUCACACGUUGGCCAAUUAUGUAUAUGAAAGGUGAAAGAGGAAACCCAAGUACUACGUCCCCCCCCCACCAAAAAAAAAAAAAAAACCCAACAAAAUCUAACCCACUGACAGCGCUCUAAACAGGUGUCACAUCCUAAGAAAGGUAUGUCAGAGCCACGAUAGGAAUCCACAACACCCAGGUCUCACUGUCACCACCAACCGACUACACUGCAAAACUAAAUAGCCCAUGGACAUGCAAGAUUAUGAUUGCAUCAUCCUGACAGUUUUGGCUGUUUGCAGCGUGAUGAUUUGACAUCACAUCAUAUAUUUCAUCAUUCCACUGCUGUUGCCAGUUAUUUUAUGUCUUUACUAGAAUCACUGCAAUGUUAACUAUGUAUUCUUAUUGAUGUAUAAGUAAUUAUUAUUAGCAUUAUCCUUGGUAGGACAAUUUUGGCUCAUGAUGUAUCUAUCCUUGGUUUAAUAGCUGCAGAAUGAUUGUGCACUAUUUAUAGUUAAAUAAAAAUUUUCACCUUUUUGGCAUGUGUAUCAGUGGUCUUAAUCAAGAAGAAGUUAAAAAAAAAUCCAUAACAAAAGUAAAUUUUCUCAUUAACUUGUGUUUUAAUCUCUUUUGCUAAAAAUAAGUCUUUUGUAAAUAAUGUUCUAGUUUGUAUAUUUUUUAAGAAUGCCGCUGCUUAACACUAAAGGAAAGGUGAACCAGAAUGGAAA